AAAAAAAAUUGACCCUUCGCAUAUUAGUUACUCAGAAUCCAACCACAAAAAGCAAGAAGUUGGGAUCUUCUUCUUCCCCCCAACGUUAUUAAUGGUUUUUAUUAUUCUAAAUUACCAUGGAUUUGGACGCAAAAGUUUCUAAUUGUGUCAUUUAAUGAAUUAUUAGGGAAUUGCGUGCAACAUACAUAGUACACAAUUCAAUUAUUAAUACCUUGAAUUUGAACACCAAUUUGGCCUAAUAUUAAUUCAGAUUCUUCCCAUUCUAUUCUCAUUUAAGGAAGUAUAAUUUAUAGGGGGAAAAUACGGCUAAUACCCACAAAAAUACUGAAUUUUAUCAACAUUAAUAUUAGUCUACCAUAAUUUUUUCACGAUGACGUUUGUCUACAUGAACUUUACAUAUUUGAUAACACGCGACGCUUAGUUGACCGUUAGAUAUAACAAAAUUUAAAAUUCUAGCCAAAUACGUGUAUCUAUUAACGUGGAUUAUAACGAUCAACGUAUACUACAUACGUUACCAGAUUGAAAAACACAAUCACCCUGCAACAAAUGUCAUUACGUAAGAGUUGGUGCCACAGAUGUCACGAUUGUGAAAAUUCAUAGUCUUUUUUCUUAUUGGUAUGAAUUCCAAAACAAACAAUUAAGGUAGAAAAAUGAAAUAUAUUUCAAGGAGGACAAGUUUGAUACAGCUUGCUUCUCCAUUUGACUGGACCCCUCUCCUCUCAAGAAACAAAAACGCCAAGAAAAACAAACGAAAUAGAUGCCAAUUGUCAUGGCGAGGUCCAUUUCCAAACUAUAUAUAUCCAAAGCUUUCUCCACCAUAACCCAUAAAAAUUUCCCAUCCCACCACCAAAAAGCAACAAUGGCUUCUUCUUCUUCUUCGAGUUCCCCUGCAGCUCUCUGCUUUUCGCUUACUCUGUUUCUCGUCUUCUCCUGUUCAUCUGCCGUCGCCCUGAGAUACCAACCGUCACCUACCAACCAGAAAUUCGACUCUGCAGAAUUGACGGCAAAAGGGCAGGCGGAGAUGAUGAUCAGGUCCCUGAAUUUGUUCCCCAAGCACGAAGCCAACGUCGUGUUGAACGACGAUUCGGCUCGAGACGAGCCGAGGAUCAGCGAGAGGAAAUUCAGUUUCAACGUUACCGGCGGCGGCGCCGGCGGUGGCCAGGGGCCGUCGAUCGAGCAGUUUGGUCAUUACGCCGGAUACUAUUCGCUUCCCAGCACCAAGGGCGCCAAGAUGUUUUACUUCUUCUUCGAGUCGAGGGUGAACAAGACCGAUGCUCCGGUGGUGAUUUGGCUCACCGGCGGGCCGGGUUGCGGUAGCGAGUUGGCGUUGUUUUACGAGAACGGUCCGUUCAAACUUAACAAUGAUUUGUCUCUGCGGUGGAAUGAUUAUGGUUGGGACACGGCGUCGAACAUAUUGUUCGUAGACCAACCCACUGGAACGGGAUUCAGCUACACGACCGACAACAGUGACAUUCGAAGUAACGAAGUAGGCGUGAGCAACGAUCUGUACAACUUCCUUCAGGAAUUCUUCAAAGGACACCCCAAAUACGCGAGCAACGACUUCUACAUCACCGGAGAAUCGUAUGCCGGACAUUAUAUCCCUGCUUUGGCUUCCAGGGUCUUCAAAGGAAACAAAAACAAUGAAGGAAUCCACAUUAACAUGAAGGGAUUCGCAAUCGGAAAUGGCCUCACCGACCCUGCAUUCCAAUACAGAGCCUACCCUGACUACGCUCUCGCAACAAAACUAAUCUCCAAGUCCGACCACGACUCCAUCGUCAGCGAUCUCGUCCCGCCUUGCGAAUCCGCCAUCGCUGCUUGCGCCAAGAACCAGAAUUCCUGCGAGGACGCACUUCCCACCUGCAAUCAAAUCUUCCAGUCCAUUCUCAACGUCGCCGGCGGCAUAAACUACUACGACAUCAGGAAACAAUGCGAGGGAAGCCUAUGCUACGACUUCUCCCUCAUGGAAAACUUCCUGAGCGACGACUCGGUGAAAUCGGCGCUGGGAGUGCACGACAUUGACUACGUCUCCUGCAGCAGUCAGGUCUACGACGCGAUGGCCGGAGACUGGAUGAUAGACUACGAGACCGUGAUCCCGGCGCUGCUGGAGAGCGGGAUCAAGGUGCUGAUCUACGCCGGUGAGUACGACUUGAUCUGCAACUGGCUGGGGAACUCGAACUGGGUCAACGGGAUGAAGUGGUCGGGGCAGGGGAAGUUCCAGGCGGCGGCCACCGUGCCGUUUGUGGCCGGCGGCGGCGGGGCGAAGGCAGGGGAGAUGAAGAGCUAUGGGCCUUUGGCCUUCUUGAAGGUGUACAAUGCGGGCCACAUGGUGCCCAUGGACCAGCCCAAGGCCGCGCUGCAGAUGUUGGAAGGGUGGAUGCAGGGGAAGCUUGCGUUGAUGACGACUGGGAGUACUAAACGAGGGAUUUCUCUUGUUUGAGUUGAGGAAGAAUUGGGGAUUGUUGAUAAUAUAUAGAUGUGAAGAAAUGGUUGGGGAUUAAGGAUUUGGAAUUGUGAAUUUUUAGUGGUACAUGUUGAUAUUUUUCAUCUUAUGAAAUUGAGGUGAAUUAUGAAAAUGAUUUAAGAUACAAACGAGAUUGUUUUCUGUCAUAACUCAUAAGUGAAUAUUCCAUUUUCAUAUUUCGUUAAGAGUUUGGUAGGCUCAAACAUUUGCUCCUACAAAGAAUUAAAGUCACUAGGGUUAGAGGGGGAACUGAAACUCGGGCUCAAACUUGACGAAGUUAUGCAAAGUCUAAAAAUAUUAUUGGAUGUUGAUGGAUAACGUUAUUGGAACUGAAGAUGUCGCGAACUUACAUCGAAACUAAUAGAUAUACAAACUGUGGAGUUACUGAAGUAUCUUUGGCCUUUUAGCUUCUAAACCUCGGCCGAGCCACUCCCGUAAUCCACACCCUUAAUUAUUCAAAAAACGGACAAUUAAGCUCCAUUGCGGAGCCAUCAGUCUAAAUGGGAGGGGCUAAAAAUCUAUACUGUGAGAUUUCGAACUGACGAGGAGGACUAAAUCAUUAACAACUACUAUAUUUUUUAAAUUUAUUAAAAAAUUUAUAUGUAAUUUUGCAUGAUUUUUGAGAGUUGAGAGUGAUUGUAGCCUCACCUGCCAUCAACGUAGCUCCACAAUUGAUUAAGCUAAUAAAUCCAAAACGACCAAACGAUGACAAAAUUAACAAAAUUGAACAUCAAACUAUCCAAGGAUAAUGAUUAAAACGUUAAUUUUUGAGCUGACGGGCUGACCAGAAAAUGGUCAUUUCUAGAUUAUAGUCUCGCUUGCCAUCAACAUGGUCCAACACUAACUAAACUAACAAAUCCAAAACGACCAAUCGAUAACUAAAUUACAAAGUUUAACAUCAAGUCAUCCAAGGAAAAACGAUUAAAACGAAGAUUCUUAAAUCGACGAACCGACCAAGAACAACAUCUUGAUUCAUCAGGUUGCUUUAAACCUAGUUCUUCAGACCAACCCUACUUUUGCAGUUCACCUAAUUCACUUCUCCUAUCAGCCUAUGCUGAUGCGAUUUGUCUUUCAGACGGGAUGCUUUCUUUUCAAUGUGAGUUGAACUUUGCGGUAAGACCAGUUACCUAAAGCCUGCCCAUAAUCUUGGUGGUUUGUGGCAUAGAUCUUUCAGGAUCUGGUCAUGUUAAAAACAGAGUCAAACCAAGAUUCUCCAAUACCUCAGUUAUAGAGAAAUUUCUGAACAGAACCAAUCUGAAAACAUGCCGUGAUGGCCACUUAUUCCUGAAUACAGCUUUAUUCCCUCACAACCUAGCUAGCAGCAGUAGACUUGAUUCCAAAUCCUAACAGGAUUCGGAUUAUGGGCUCCCAGCCGACAUGGCACAUUAGUCAUUUCUCAUUGCUGACUGAAUUAGUGUUCUAGAGUAUGAUCCAAUGAAAGAAUCUGAAACAU